AUGAACAAUUCCGAAAAGCAGCUGUUAGUGGAGGAACUUCAUGCUCCAGCGAGAAGAAAUUUUCCGAGAAGGCAUGUCAUUGUUCGCGGAUACGAUGACCUGUGGCAAGCGGAUGUGGUUGAGAUGCGACCUUACAUGAGAUUUAACCGAGGUUACCAUUACAUACUCACCGUUAUCGAUGUAUUGAGCAAGUAUGCAUGGGCUGUGCCUCUCAAGGCCAAGAGUGGCAAUGAAGUGGCUAAUGCGAUUGCAUCAGUCGUUGAACGGUUCAACCGUUCAUUAAAGAACGACAUGUGGAAGCAGUUUACGCUUAAUGGAAAUUAUAAAUGGAUCGAUUUGUUACCACGUCUCGUAUUAGAAUACAACUCGCGAAGGCAUCGUACUAUUGGUAUGCGACCUAUCAAUGUUACCCCUGCGAUUGCCGAAAAACUCUUAUCCACUGUGAUAUAG